AAUAUUCAGUCUUUCGUCUGCGGACUAGUCCUGUUACAAGCCUUUAGCAUCUGGAAUAGGACUUUCUCCGUUGUACCUUUUCAUGAAGAAAAAGAAGACAUUGUUAUUUGACUUUCACGCAUGCGAUUAGACUACAGAGAAUUACAAGCGCAUGUUUUACAACUUGACAUUUAUUUUCGGACGACAUUCUACAGCCCGAUUGCAAAGAACUAAAACUAAAAAAAGAGUUUGGUGCUGAAUACAAAGUGAUACGGUGGUCCGAUGGCUCGCUCGCAUGACUAAUUAAUAGUCUAUCAGGACUCGGUCGCGCGCUGCCCAGUUGUUUGUGUUAUAAACUAUGGCGUUUAGGGCAAAAGCCUUGUACGACUUUAGUUCGGAAAAUCUAGGAGAGAUAUCGAUUACUGAGAACGAAGUUGUUACUUUAUACAGCGAACAAGACAUAGAGGGAUGGCUAGAGGGAACAAACAGCAGAGGGGAUACUGGUCUUUUUCCAGCCUCAUACGUGGAGAUUCUCAGAAAUGAAUCAUCUGACAUCUCAUCCAACAAUAAUGGCAUGUCGGCGGAUCAAGGUCAACCCGACUCCCCAUCAAGUGGAUAUGAUUCAUCAUACUAUUCCCAGUCCCACUCUCGUGCUGAGAACAUUAAAGAUCCGACCCACUCUGCUUAUCCUGUGCAAAUUCCCCAGCGCCAUGGUUACCAGACCAGUCAAGGUAGUGAUGAUGACUGGGAUGAUGACUGGGAUGACAGCUCUACUGUGGCGGCUGAGCCCGGAACUAAACAUGACAAUGAUGGAACUAGUUCCACAGCAUACACAGUGACUACUUCGUUGCCUGGGAGACGUGACAGUUCCCAAGCCAAAAGUUCAGCAACAAUAGGAAAAAACCUCAACAGGUUCUCAACCUUUGUGAAAUCUGGCGGAGAGGCUUUUGUAUUGGGCGAGGCGGCUGCCUUUGUCAAAGAUGGGGACAAGAUCUGUGUUGUCAUGGGGCAGUAUGGACCAGAGUGGCAGGAAGACCCAUACCCGUUUGCCUGCUCCAUCGAUGACCCCACCAAACAGACAAAAUUCAAAGGCAUGAAGAGUUACAUGUCAUACAGACUGACUCCAUCCCACACCCAGAGCCAGGUGAAUAGAAGAUACAAGCACUUUGACUGGCUCUACGCUCGACUUGUGGAACGCUUCCCUGUCAUCUCAGUCCCCCAUCUGCCUGAGAAACAGGCCACUGGGCGCUUUGAACAGGACUUUGUCUCCAAACGCAGAAAAGGUUUGAUAUGGUGGAUGAACCACAUGACGAGCCACCCUGUCCUGGCUAGAUGUGACGUGUUCCAGCACUUCCUCACCUGCCCCAGCACAGACGAGAAGACGUGGAAGAUGGGCAAGAGAAAGGCAGAGAAGGAUGAGUUGACUGGCGCUAACUUCUUCCUAACCAUCUCCACCCCGGCUGUUCCACUGGACCUACAGGAGGUAGAGAACAAGGUCGAUGGGUUUAAAGCCUUCACCAGGAAGAUGGAUGACAACUGCCUAGUGGUGAAUGCCACCAUCAACGAGUUCGCCCGGAAGCAGAUCACCGGGUUUAAGAAAGAGUAUCAGAAAGUGGGUCAGUCUUUCAAACUGUUGGGCCAAGCAUUUGAGAUGGACCAGCAGUCCUAUUCUGUAGGACUGAACCGUGCCAUAGCAUUCACAGGAGAGGCCUACGAGGCUAUAGGAGACUACUUUGCUGAGCAGCCCAGACAGGAUUUGGACCCCAUAUCGGAUCUGCUGGACCUGUACAAGGGACACCUGGCCAACUAUCCUGAUAUCAUCCAUGUUCAGAAAGGUGCCCUUACCAAAGUGAAGGAGUGCCAGAAACAAGAAGGGGAGGGAUCAACCAUCAACGAGCGUUGUAACAUAAUUUCCUGCGCCACACUGGCUGAGAUCCAGCACUUUCACCGUACGCGCGUACGUGACUUCAAGAGCCAGAUGCAACACCACCUCCAGCAGCAAAUCAUCUUCUUCCAGAAGAUCACUGGGAAGCUAGAAGAGGCACUGCAGAAGUACGACGAGGAUAUCAUAUAAGGCCCUGGAGAGAGGAGCAUGGAUACAGAGGGAUAAAGAGAGGAGGAGGGGGGACUAAGGGAGAGGAGGGUGGAUACAGAAGGAUGAAGAGAGGAGGGUGGAUACAGAGGAAUGAAGAGAGGAGGAGGGGGGACUAAGGGAGAGAGAGGAGGGUGGAUACAGAGGGAUGAAGAGAGGAGGAGGGGGGACACAGAGGGAUAAAGAGAGGAGGAGGGGGGACUAAGGGAGAGAGGAGGGUGGAUACAGAGGGAUAAAGAGAGGAUGAGGGGGGACUAAGGGAGAGAGGAGGGUGGAUACAGAGGGAUGAAGAGAGGAGGAGGGGGGACUAAGGGAGAGAGGAGGGUGGAUACAGAGGGAUGAAGAGAGGAGGAGUUGAGGGAGAGAGAGAUUAUGAGAACAUGGGGUAGGAACAUGGGGAGUGUGCUGGUCUUGGCACUGUGCAGUUCUGCAGUGUUCCCUAUUUCAUAAUCUGAUCAAGACUGGAGCACUGGUUUGGCAAAAAGAUCGAGGGACACAUUUUGACCUCCCCAUCUCAGAGAAGUAUUCCCCAUUUAAACGGAAUAUGUUUUAUGGUGCGAACUAAAGUAACUAGUCCGUAAUGACAAUGUAAUUGGUUAUGUGUUGUUUUUCCUUGACAAGAUUAUUCAUCCAUUCUACAGUUGGAAGUGAGCAGAUCUAUGCAGGUACUGCACUGAUGGAUAUGAAAUAGGAGUGAGAAUUAUUCCUUCAUUGACAGAGAGGGUUGUUGUCUGCAAAACUUGAUAAUGUAGUCUUGCGUGACAGGAUAUGUUAAAUCAUCACUUAUACAAUUAGUGUCACUUCAAGAAUAUGUAGUAUGAUUUUAGUAAGGAAAUUGUUUAGAAUCACAAUUAUAUCUGUGAAAACAUGUUUAACCUGUUGCAUUGAAUCCCCCUCAUUUGCCUUUUCCUCUGAACAAAUAUAACGUGAUUUCAGUAUCAUGGCAAAUAUGAAUGACA